CUAUUUAAGGCAAUAAUAACAGAGGGGUUGGUCGUGUGUUCAGUGUUCAGAGCCCUACACAGAAUGUAUGGUGGUGUUAAAAGGUUCUCAGCAAGUAGCACAAUAUGGGCUCUGUGGAUCCUUUUCAUAAUACAGCUUCAGGGUUCCAGGGGCCAGAAAGCUAAUGUGCCUGUAAUCAACAUAACUGGAUUUGACACAGAAAGUGGUUACAUAAAAUCUCCAAAUUUUCCCAGUCUUGGUCUAACUCCUGUCAUCUAUAGAUUGGUCUCCAAAUCUACAAGUUCCUAUUUGGCUGGAUUUAUAGAACUCAAAACUAUAGACAUUUUUGUGUCUUAUAAGAGUAGACUGUUGAUCUAUGAUUGUGAUUGUGAAGAAAAUGACAAGAAAACCAUUGUUAAUAAGAGGAUUUAUUUUGUCUCUACUGGGAAUGUUGUCACUGUAAAAUAUGAACCCAAUGUUACCAAUGACACCAGGUUUAGUGGAGACAUUUUUAAGUUUGAGUACAAGUUUAUAACAGAAAUGCCUAAUGAACGGGUUGUGAUGAAUGAGUCAGUGUGCAGUACUUAUAAUCUUCUUGGCUUGACACAACUGGGCAGAUAUGUUGGUACCCGAGCAUUCAAAUCAAUUCUUGGUCAUGUGACCUUCCCACAAUUCACAAAUUGGACUGGGGACAGCAUUGUUGUGGACUGUGCCUGGAGCUUCUUCACUGCUCAUCGCUAUAUGUGGAUUGAUACGUAUGCAAAGUUAAUAAGUUCUGGAAGCUGCUAUGGAAUGGAGCUUGAAGUGAGAGACAGCUGGCAUUCUGAGGGUGCCUUGCUGGCAAAAGGGUCGCCAUACUCAGUUCGUCAUCUUCACAUGCCAUCUACAGGUUGGUCCCAAGAUGAUGGAGUCUUUCUCAGGUUGACCGGAAGACUAACUAAAUCAUGUUCCAGAAGUAAAUUUGUCUUUGCAUAUGCUCCCACAGGUUCAAGCAGAUUAUUUUUUUGUAGUUUUUUGGAUAGCUAUUAUUUCUGCGAGAAACAAAAGCACUGUGUUCCAGAGCAUUUAAAGUGUGAUGGCUAUGACCACUGUGGUGACGGGGAAGAUGAAGGAACCUAUGCUUGCUCAGG